UUAGUCACCUCUGUCAAACAGUCGCCGUAAAACUCCCGCGAUGCUCGAGUAGCGUCCCUUGUUUGUUUUAAAAUUAUCUAAUUCGGCAAAUACUUUAUAAAAUAAGUGAAAAACGCCACUAACAGUGAUAUUGUGAGUUUUCAAGAUGUUGGUUCUAUUCGAAACCUCGGCGGGGUACGCCAUAUUCAAGUUACUGGACGAGUCAAAGUUAUCACAGAUUGAUGACUUGUACCAAGAGUUCAACACUCCGGAGGGAGCUUCCUCAGUUGUCAAACUAAAGAACUUCAUCAAGUUCGAGGAUACCGCUGAGGCUCUGGCAGCCACUACAGCAGCUAUAGAAGGAAAAGUAUCUAAGCCCCUGAAAAAAGCUCUCAAAAAGUAUGUCAGCAAAGAGAUCCAAGACCAGCUCCUUGUUGGAGAUGCCAAGCUGGGCAGUGCCAUCAGAGAAAAGUUUGAUUUACAAUGUGUAUCAAACAACAAUGUGCAGGAGCUCCUCAGGUGCAUCCGCUCACAGAUGGACAGUCUCCUUGCUGGACUACCAAAGAAAGAAAUGACAGCGAUGGCCCUCGGUCUCGCUCACUCACUCUCACGAUACAAACUCAAGUUCUCUCCUGACAAAAUUGACACUAUGAUAGUCCAGGCCCAAUGCCUGCUUGAUGAUUUAGACAAAGAACUAAACAACUACAUCAUGAGGUGCCGAGAGUGGUACGGUUGGCAUUUUCCUGAGCUAGGCAAAAUUAUCACAGACAACACCUUGUUUGUCAAAAUAGUCAAAUUGAUUGGUACUAGAGACAAUGCUUCACAGACAGACUUAUCUGACAUUCUACCUGAAGAUUUAGAAGAAAAGGUUAAAGAGGCAGCUGAGAUCUCCAUGGGCACAGAGAUCUCCGAUGAUGACAUCUUGAAUAUACAGAACUUGUGUGAUGAGAUCAUCUCAAUAACAGACUAUAGGACACAUUUAACAGACUACCUCAAGGCAAGAAUGAUGGCAAUGGCACCGAAUCUCACUGUGCUAAUUGGAGAGCAUAUUGGAGCUAGGUUAAUUGCUCAUGCUGGUUCCUUGAUGAACCUGGCCAAACAUCCUGCCUCAACUGUGCAGAUCUUUGGUGCUGAGAAAGCCUUAUUCAGAGCUCUGAAGACGAAGAAAGAUACUCCCAAGUAUGGUUUAAUUUAUCACGCUCAGCUGGUCGGCCAGUGUAGUACCAAGAACAAGGGUAAGAUGUCCCGUAUGCUGGCUGCUAAGGCUGCCCUCGCGACGAGGGUGGACGCCUUCGGAGAAGACGUCAGCUUCGAACUGGGAGCAGAGCACAAAGUUAAGCUGGAGAACAGGUUGAGGUUGCUAGAAGAAGGAAACUUACGGCGAAUCAGUGGCACUGGCAAGGCGAAGGCUAAGUUUGAGAAGUACCACAGCAAAAGUGAGGUGUUCACGUACCCAGUGGCUGGCGACAGCACGCUCGGCCAGAAGCCCGUCAAGCGCGAGCACUCUCCGGACGAGGAGGACGGCGCCGUCGCCUCCAAGAAGAUCAAGCUCGAAGAUGGAGCUGAUAAUGGAACACCUAAAAAGAAGAAAAACAAAGAAGUUAAAGAAGAGCCAUCAGAAGAACCCGCCGAACCAGUAUCUGAGAAAAAGAAGAAGAAGAAAAAGAAGUCUGAGAGCCAGGAGGCCCCGGAGGAGUUAGAGCAGAGCGUGGAGGAACCCAAGAGCGAGAAGAAGAAGAAGAAGAAACGCCAGUCCCAGGCAGAGGAGGAAUAGAGACCUUGAGAAGUCGAGCCUUCUCCAGCCUGGUCGAGGCAAGUGGCAGUGCUUUAGUCAUAAGUGAAAAUGUGUUAUAACUAUGUUAUAAUAUAAGAUUUAUAUUCAUAGACC